UCCACCUCUUCCUGUGCCGGUCAUGAUCAAAACAACUCCGUGUUCAGCUAGCUAAAGUUCACAACAACCAACUGAAAAAAACAUUUCUCCUAUCACGUGGACAAACUACAUCCACUUCCGACACAGCUCGUCCACCCGGGGGACAUUUGUACUAAUGUUGUUUUGAGCCGAACGCUAAUGAGGAGAAGCAACGGACUAAAACAACACGUCGUCGUGCUAACUAGCUAGCCAUCGUUAGCAGUGAUGGCAGCGUCGAUGCCUCCACUGCUCUCUGCUCCUGUGUUGAGUCAAAAACAACGCAGAGCUGCUCAGAGGAAAGAGAGAAGAAAACGGAAACGUCAAGCUCUCGCCCAGGCCAGAGACAGUGGUUUAAAGAAUGGAGGAAGCUGUACACAUGAAGAAGAAGAAGAAAUUAACGAUGAAGAUGAUGAGGAUAAUGAUAUUGCUGAACAGGAAAGACUGCGGCUACACGAAGAGUGGUUGGAAAGAGAGAGGCUCGCUCAGGAGGAAUUCCGGCUGAGGUUUGAGAAGGAGGAAGCUGCGAGGAAAAGAAAAGAGGAGGAGGAGCAAAUGAUAAAGGAGGAAUGGGAGGCCCAGCAGAGGCGAGAACAAGAAGAAAAAGAGCAGAAACAGAAGCAGAAACGAGACAAAGAGGAGGCUGUUCAGAAAAUGUUGGAUGAAGCUGAAAAUCAGCUAGACAACGGAGGACCGUGGAUGAAUCCUGAGGCUCCAGUGACAGAGAACUUUGGAACAGAGCGCGACGUAGCCAACUGUCCGUUCUUCCUUAAGACUGGAGCAUGUCGAUUUGGAGAUAGAUGUUCCCGGAAGCAUGUUUAUCCCACUGCCAGCCCGACUCUCAUGAUCCGUGGUAUGUUUACCACGUUCGGCAUGGAGGAGUCACGGCGCGACGAUUACGACAUCGAUGCCUAUUUGGAACACAGCGAGGAGGAGCUGCACGAGUCCUUCCUUGACUUUUACCAUGACGUGCUGCCAGAGUUCAAGAGUGUCGGCAGAGUGGUGCAGUUCAAGGUCAGCUGCAAUUAUGAACCACACCUGAGAGGCAAUGUUUACAUUCAAUUUGACACAGAGGAGCAAUGUAAAGAAGCCUUCAUAAAGUUCAAUGGCAGGUGGUAUGCAAGCCGGCAGCUUCAUUGUGAAAUAUGUCCUGUUACGCGGUGGAAAAAUGCUAUUUGUGGAUUGUUCGACAGACGGAAAUGCCCCAAAGGGAAGCACUGCAACUUCUUGCACGUAUAUCGAAACCCAGGCAAUGAAUUCUGGGAGGCCGACAGAGACCUGCACAUGUCACCGGACCGCAGCGUCAGGGGGAGUCGCAGAGAUGGGUGGCACUCGGAGCGAUACGGAGACAGGUCGUGGAGGCAGCAACGCGGCAGCAGAAGCCCACCGCGAUCGGAGAGAUCCCACAGCAGGCGAGAGGACAACAGGCGGAGGAGCAGGAGUCGAGAGAGGAGGGACUCCCACCAGGAUAGGGAAGACAAUUGGUCGUCCAGGUCCAGACACACUGACAGGAGGAGAGAUAGCUCUCUGAGAAGUAGAAGCAGAAGUAGAGACAGAGUGAGGAGCAGAAGUAGGGACAGAUUGAGGAACAGAAGUAGAGACAGAGAGCAAGACAGGCUGAGAAACAGAAGUCGAGAUAAAGAGAGGGAGCACAAGUAUAGGGAUAGAAGUGAAGAGAGAGACAGUAAAGACAAAGAUGACGAUAACCAUAGAGAGCUGAGAACAAGGUCAAGAAGCACAAGCGCGGAGAGGGAAAGAAACAAACACAGCAGGGAAAGGAGCCCCAAGAGACCAGGUAAAAGUAAGAAAAAACCUAACGAUGACGCCAGCACACACCCUCGCCACAAACACGCUAAAAAGAGCAAGAAGAAGAGCAAGAAGAAGCACAAAAAGAAAAGCCAUCUGCCCAAAGGGACCACCUCAUCAGGAGAGUCAGAAAAGGAGAAAGAGUCUGAGGAAGAGACGGAGAACCGUUCUGCCACGAGUCCCAGUGGACAGAGAAAUGAAACUGAGACAAUUCCGAAAAACGGUGACGUAGAUGUGAGUGUCUGCUCUGAGAGGUGUAGUCCUGAGGUGAAGAGGGACCAAUCUGAAACAGAAGUACCAAUGAGCCCAAUGGAAACAGUGUCAUGAAUGUCUACUUCACUUUGGUAAAAAAAUAUUUGUUUGUGCAGCGACAUGUAAAUAUUUAGCUCUGGCUUUAAUGGGGCAGUAAGCGAUUUUGAAGAAAGCUUAUUUCUGUCUGUUGUGAUUUUACUGCCUGGGGGAGUCCAACGCAUUCACCACUAGGCCAAACCUGCGGAGUCGUAGUGACACCCACUAGCAUGUUUGUUAAGAUGUCAACAGGUGAUGUCUACAAACUGCACUCGCAGUGUUGUUUGGUGCGGUCCGUAUCCUUUUUAGUUUUUUCGAUUUCCAAAUAAUUCGAUUUUCUUUCCGGCGCACACAUAAAAGCGACAGCUAACGGACGGUUAGGAAAUACUUGCUGAUUGUUACAAAACGUGUAUUGCUUCAGAAUCGCCUACUGCCCCUUUAACUGGACUUGUGGUACUACUGUUUGUGAUUUGUUUCCAAGUAAAAACAAUAUCAAACAAAAGAUCAACACAAGGUUUCCUUCUGAAUACAUUUAUUGGUAAUAACUUUCAAAUAUUAGAAAGAAAUGGUGGCAAAUGUAGUUGGCAGUGUUUAAUACAAAAGUAAUUGAUUUCUUAUGCACAACUCAAAAGAGGAACUUCAAUGAUUGCUCAUGACUGGAACGCCUUGUGGUUUUGAGUGCGGAUGAAAAAUAAACUGGAUUGCCAGAUUGCAUCUA